UGGGAAAAAAGUGACGUGACGGGGGGCUUACUGGGUCGUCGUCAUUCAAGGUUACUGGCUGAGUCACAAAAUCAGUACUGGAGCACAGGUGGCUUACUGGGUUGCCUGAUGUUCAAGGGUGAUGAUCGGAAAAUUGCUAAAGACUGGGAUAAAGAGCGUAAGUCAGAUAAAAUGAAAGCCUCUUCAAUUAACAUUAACAAUUCAACUAUUUCGGGAAGUGGAAUUGGAACCGUUGAACGUGGAGUUUUCACUUCUGUCUUACAAAAUAAAAGAGACCAGGAAGCGAUCAGAGCUAUUGCUUCUCAACAUGAUCCACCAUAUGAAGUUCCUUCUUUCUCGUCAGAUUCCAAAUUCAUAACAACUCCUACGAAUGCUGAUAUAGACGUAGCUAAAAUUAUUGAUUCAAUCCCAGAUGAUAGACCAGAAGAUGCAACUAUCGAUGACGCUGAGAAAAUAACCAGCGAUCGCCUACUGCAGAAAAAGUGGAAAAAGUGUCUCUCGUUUAUCAUGUAUGUAAAAGAGGAAAUGUCGAAAUAUAUAAAUUGUACUAGUCAAGUUUGGAAGGACGCGUUUGCCCUAACACCCGUGACCUUACCGAUUAGUCUCUUAACAGAUAGAAAGGUUUUAAGAGAAAAGUGGCGCCAAAAUUGGGCCAAAUGUGAUGCUUCGAUGACCGAAAGAGAAGCCAAUAUCUUUGAAUGUGUGCAACUCGUAACUAGGAACUUAGCCAAUGGAGAAUCAAGUAGCUCAAAGGAACGACGAAAAUCUGAUGAAAUUAAACUGCCUUGUGCUGCAAAUAAUGUAAUAAACCAUGCCUUGAUCAAACUUGGUGAAUUAAUGAAAGGUUCAUUAGAUUCUCUAUACGAACGAUUUGGGUAUUCUCAAUGUUCGGAAACAUAA